AUCAGAUGACAGUGGAUCAGUUAUAUUCGUCAUCCUUGGGUGGACUGAAAUUCUUCACUACGGAGUUAGGCUGUGCAUGCGCAAACAGGAGGAACUUGCACCAGUCCAGUUGGCAAACUGACGAAGUUGUCUUCGGAAACUUGAAGGCUCAAAACCACUAGCUAUGACUUCGACAAACAUGUUUCAAGGGUUGGAUACUGGUACAAAACCAAGUUCGAGGGUGUUGCAGCCUCCUGGAGGUGGCUCCAGUAACCUGUUUGGUGGAUAUGAAGACGACUCUGCAGCAUCAAGAAGACCCAAUAAGAUGGCUUCUAAAGUUUUUGCUCCACCAGAGGAGUCCCAGUGUGUACCCAAACGGUCCAAUCCUCCAGGUCAGACCACCUUGUUAGAGCUCGGUCUGCAGAGGCAGGCCAGUAAAAACCAGGGUGGGAAGACUAGCGGAAUAUUUGGGGAACCUGAACCUCCAGCUCGGCAACAGAGACCCACACCUCCUGGUGGACCAACCAGCAACAUAUUCGGUGCUGCAGAGAGUGCACGUGCCCAAAGCCACAACAGAGGCCACCCAAAUAAGCCAAAGGACAAUCUAAGUUGGGUACCUGAAUCAUCACCAUCACUCGAAGCCAAGGUCAGCCAACCUGAGGGGAAGGUGGAAGCUGCUACCCCAGCUCCCAUGCCAGCCAAGGAAGAGCCUGUUGUUGUCUCAGCCCCUCCAGAGCCUGAGCCCAAGCCUCAGUCACCUCCUUCCUCUUCUUCACCUCCUGUUGAGACAGAGGUGACUGGUGAGCUGAAGAACCACGAGCCUCACCUGGGACCCAAGCCUCGCUCUCACAACAGGGUCCUCAACCCCCCUGGAGGAAAGUCUAGUGUGGUAUUCUACUGAUCAGCUAAACACACCUACUCCCCGUUUGUGUCCAUACACCCCUUGUCUGCUCCCCUGUUAAUCUUCUUUCAUUCCAACACCCCACAGUUAUUUCACCUGUACAUCUAAACACAGAGCAGGAUUUUUUGUUCUCCUCACCAGAUUCCUAUUGAAAUAUGUUGUCCUCAACUUCUUGCACUUUGACUCCUUUUUGCUUUCCAGCUCUUUGUCCUACUCGUCAAAUUGUUCUUUUAAGAGACCUGCGAUCAUUCAAUCAAUAGGCUAGCUAUUACCUUAUCACUUUAACUGUGAUACUAUCAAUCUCAGUAUUGUGGUUUCCUCAUUUCACAGUUUAUCUUUGUAGAUGUAAUUUGGUUUAAGGCAGUUUGUCAUUUUGAAAAUGUUCCUGCAACUGAAGUAUGAUUAAGACAUCAGAGGGCUUAUACAAUGUUCAGCUUUAAACAGUGAUUGAUGGGAAACAGAAAUCCUUUUAGAAAAAAAGCAGACAUUUGCUCAAAUUUCAAGGUGCUUUUUUAAAAUCUUUAAUGUGAGGGCAUUUGAUCAGAGGGGGGGUGAAUAGAUCUUCUCACCAAUGUAAAAUGUUUCAGGGAGUUCCACUAGUGCCACCUUAUGUUGCUUGAUUCUGAUUGGAUGGUUAUAUAAAACCUGUCAGUUUUACAAAUGAAUACAUGUUGAACUCCAACUAAUGACUGUAUAAUUAAAGCCUUAUUUUAGCGCAGCAUUCUUUCCAUCUUUCUUGCCUUCUCAUACAUUAUCCCUUUAUUUCAACAUGUGUCCAUCAUUAAUGAUCUGCUGUCAGAACUCAAACUCUGUUAAAGGAUAGAUGCCAAAAAAUGUACUUUGAAACAAAGAUGAAUGCAAUUGUCUACUCCCAAAUUUUUUUCUGCUCCCUUAAAAAAAAAAUAAUUCCAUUUUGAUUGUAUGCGUAUAUAUUGUGCAGGUACUUCUCUGCUUUGUCGUCAUUGCUUGCUUUAUCUGAGAACAUGCCUUUUUUUGCUUGGGGUAGGCCUCUGUUUAUGUUUUAAAUUAAAACGGCUGAAGAUAAGUGAACUCUGGACCAGCGCGUGGCCUACCUGAGUCCAGGUGGGCUCAUUGAUAAUCACCUUUUCACUCACUUCAUGAUGCACAUUCAUGAUAUUCUGGUGCCAGCCUGUCCCCAGUGUGUUGAUGUGCCUGGCAGGCAAUGAGCACAGCAGAAGAAAAUCCUGUGUAUUGCAAUAAAACUCUUGUUUUGCAUUUAAA